AUGGCCUCCCGACGGGCUCCCCUCGCCAACGUCCCAGGUGCCAUCAAUUCACCAUUCCGCAAUGUCCCUUCCAUCAGCGGAAAGCGCACGCGAGCGCAGGCUGGAGAGCAGAAAGACAACGUCUACGGACAGCCACCAAGCAAGAAGCAGGCCGUUGAAGCUGUCAAUGAUGAUGAGGAGAACAUAGACCCCAGACGCAAGAAUGGAGUGACCGUCACUGUCCUCGACAAGCUCGACGAGCCCUUCUCCAAGCAGCGUCCCAGUCACCCUCCUACCGCAUUCGAGAAGAAGCUUGCCUCCGUACGCGAGAAGAAACCCACACCUUCUCGCGCAGGCCACCCUCACAAGCAACAUGCCGACAAUCUCGAGUCUGUUCGUCAGUGGCAGAAGCAUUACCGUCGCCAGUUCCCUCAAUUCGUCUUCUACUUUGACAAUGUACAGGAGGAUGUUCGGACGAAGCAUGUCCGGCAGAUUCAAUCUCUGGGUGCACGUGAGGAGAGGUUCUUCUCCAAAGCAGUAACUCAUGUCAUUACCACUCGCCAAAUUCCACCCGAGCUGGUCAAUACCAGCCCGGAGGAGGAAGUCGUGUAUGAGGACGGCCCCGCGAAGACGAUGCAGCCAGUGGCUCACGAUCAGAAGCGUACUACGAGUCUUCUCGAUGCCCAUCUUCAACGUCGUACUCAGCAAGCAUCUGCUCCAACUCAGUUCGCCGUUGAGAGCCGCAGAGGUCAGACGCAAAAUGUUGAUAUCCUCACGCGUGCUCGUGCACUUGGGAUCAAAAUCUGGGCCCAGGAAAAGCUUGGUCGUGUUCUCAGCACGAUUCUCGAGACCGAUACAGGCGACCACUCUCAGACCACCCGAAGCCAUGUCACCACACGUGGGACUACGCGGCAGACUCAAGAUGUAGAUCUGGAACAGCUUCUUCGACACGAGAAAGUCAAGGGACCCGCAGACCGCGACAUGACUGUCGCCGCUCAUAACAUGACCACUCUACGCGGAUGUUACCUCUACGUUCACGAUAUGGAUGAGAGGACGAAGCCGGUCUUGGUUCGUGACUAUGAGAAACCCGCCUCCAAACAGGACGGCAAGUGGCCACAAUUUCGACUUUCAGGACCUGGUCGUUGUCCUUUCGUGGAGGAUGUUGCCCAUACCAAGAAGCUUCAGCAGCAAGAGCGUGAUGCCCAAGCUCGACUGCAGCAGGACAUCUUCUUUUACCGCAGGACCAGAGCAGGAAGCGCCCUUCCUUCUGCACCGUCGCAAGCCCUAGCUGAACGUGAGAUGAAUCUCAGACGCUCACCACGUAAGCUGGCUCAAGUGACCAAACCCAACCAGGCCAAGCCACUGGAUCCUCCUCCUGUCGCUGCAAGCCGUAGACAAUCUUCAGCAGAGAUGCCGCCUCUCUUUGGAAGCACCCAGGCCAAUUUCCGUACUCUUCCACGCAUGGUAGGAGGCGAGCCAGUUGCUUCUGGGAUCCAGCCAUCCAAUGUCACUUCGGCCAUUCGAUCGCAAGCAAUAUCUUCUGCCGCAAUCUCUUCGACGGCGCCAGGUCUCAACCGACGUAUGGGAGACACCAAGGAGGUGUCGCUGCUCAAGCGUAAAGUCUUGUCGAACAACAGCAUGCCCUCGUCCCAUGUCAACGAUAUUAGAGCGGCCAUCAACGACCCGCAAGAUCCCCCACCACGCGCAGCGAAGAGGAAGGCGCAGGAGACGCUCGGUGUUCUUCACGAAGACGUUGAAGCCGUCGCUCUGGGUCAACGCCCAAGAGCGAAGGCUUCGGGCCCAAAGAGAGCCAAGGUUGUCCAGAAAGAGGCCAAGCCUGGCUACUGCGAGAAUUGCCGCGACAAAUUCGACGACUUCGAUGAGGUAAGUGGACAUGAACUCCAGAUUCUCAACUCUGCUAAUACGAUCCAGCACAUUGCCUCCCGCAAGCACCGCAAGUUCGCCGUGUCACCUGAGAAUUGGAAGGAGCUCGACAACCUUCUUGCCGUGCUUAAGCGGCCUCACAAGAAAGCGCCGUAA